AUGAACGUUGGUCACAUGGGGCUGACCUUCCGCAACCAGGUGAGUGGUUACCACGGGGACAGACAUGGAACAGAGCCAGCCCUGCUGAACCAGACAACUGAGUCCUCACUGGUGGGACACAAUGGACACACCUUACCCCCUCUCUAUGGACACACCUUACCCCCUGUCUAUGGACACACCUUACCCCCUGUCUAUGGACACACCUUACCCCUUCUCUAUGGACACACCUUACCCCCUGUCUAUGGACACACCUUACCCCCUGUCUAUGGACACACCUUACCCCCUGUCUAUGGACACACCUUACCCCCUGUCUAUGGACACACCUUAUCCCCUCUCUAUGGACACACCUUACCCCCUGUCUAUGGACACACCUUACCCCCUCUCUAUGGACACACCUUACCCCCUCUCUAUGGACACACCUUACCCCCUCUCUACGGACACACCUUACCCCCUGUCUAUGGACACACCUUACCCCCUGUCUAUGGACACACCUUACCCCCUGUCUAUGGACACACCUUACCCCCUGUCUAUGGACACACCUUACCCCCUCUCUAUGGACACACCUUACCCCCUGUCUAUGGACACACCUUACCCCCUCUCUAUGGACACACCUUACCCCCUGUCUAUGGACACACCUUACCCCUUCUCUAUGGACACACCUUACCCCCUGUCUAUGGACACACCUUACCCUCUCUCUAUGGACACACCUUACCCCCUGUCUAUGGACACACCUUACCCCCUCUCUAUGGACACACCUUACCCCCUGUCUAUGGACACACCUUACCCCCUCUCUAUGGACACACCUUACCCCCUGUCUAUGGACACACCUUACCCCUUCUCUAUGGACACACCUUACCCCUUCUCUAUGGACACACCUUACCCCCUGUCUAUGGACACACCUUACCCCUUCUCUAUGGACACACCUUACCCCCUCUCUAUGGACACAUAGGGAAGAUUUGGAGUGAGGAACAGAAGGGUUGA